AAUAACAAAAAAAAAAAAAAAAAAAUGUCGAAUUAACAAGAAAACAAAAUGAGAGAAAUUAGAAUUGCAAAAUUAGUUAUUAAUUGCUGUGUAGGUGAAUCUGGAGAUAAACUUACAAAAGCAGCAAAAGUUUUAAAAGACUUAUCUGGAUAAGAACCAUGUUUUUCUAGAGCAAGAUACACCAUUAGAUCAUUUGGUAUUAAAAGAAAUGAAAAAAUGGCAACUCAUGUUACUAUUAGAGGAGACAAGGCUUAAGAUAUUCUCGAAAGAGGUUUAAGAGUCAAAGAAAUGGAGUUAAGAAAAAAAAACUUUUCAAAAACAGGAAAUUUCGGAUUCGGUAUAUAAGAACAUAUUGAUUUAGGAAUGAAAUAUGAUCCUUAUACUGGUAUUUUCGGUAUGGACUUUUAUAUUGUACUUGAAAGACCUGGAAAUAGAGUUGCUAGAAGAAGAAGAAGAUAAAGCAGACUAGGAAAUAACUAAAAAAUUACUAAAGAAGAAUGUAUUAAUUGGUUCAAAUAAAGAUUCGAAGGAAAUGUUUAUUGAAAACACUAUUAUUAGAAUUUAAUUUUAGAUAAAAAAAAAAUAUUUUAUAUGUAGGUUUUGUUUUUUUUUGUUAAUUGUAUUAUUUUAUAGUAUUUAUUAUGUUAUGGGAGAGAUAUGUUAAUUAAUAGUUAUUUAAACUUGUUUU